AUGAAUAGCUCUCCUUACCUAGCAAUAAAGACUCUUCACCAACUCGCUGACGACGAAGGUGACUACUUUCCCGAGGCAGCGCAAGUACUAAGAACGCAAACCUACGUUGACGACAUCAUCACUGGUGCGGAUACUGAGGAAACGGCCUUGAAACUUCAAGAUCAAUUGGUCAACCUGUUACGAAGAGGAGGAUUUGAAUUACGUAAAUGGGUCUCCAACUCUGAUCGUCUUCUACAAGCUUUCCCCAAGGAGCAUCUUGAGACUCCCGUCUUUCUCCAAGAUUCUGAACAGCCACAUUUCACAAUACUUGGCCUACAUUGGUCUCCCCACUCUGACUGCUUCACUUACAACCUUAACUUCCCUAUGGACCCUCAUCCAUCAAAACACUGUGCGUCAAGAGGAAUUUCUGCUUCCCUACUUGUCAACCAUCCACUCUGGUGGACAGGCCCUCCUUGGCUUAAGCUCCCCACUUGUCAUUGGCCUACCUCGCACUUCAUUCCUGAGGACCUUUCUUCGUCAGAAGAAAUCAAGAAGACACCUUUAGUUGUUCUUACAUCAGCUCCUCAAAAAGAGUGGGAACUUCUUUCGUCCUACUCAUCGUGGAACAAACUCCAGCGCAUUGUCGCUCUUCUUAACCGCUUCAUUCACAAUUGUCGUCAUCAAAAUGACCGUCUCAGUGGUCCUCUCUCAUCGUCUGAAAUCUCCAAAGCUCGUCUCAAGAUCUUUCAUCAUGUUCAACAAGCCACCUUUGCAGAAGAAAUUUCAUCUCUCCAAAAUAAGCAUGACUGCUCCACCCGACUUCAACGAUUGAAACCAUUUCUUGACUCUGAUGGAAUUUUGCGUGUUGGUGGUCGCCUCAACAACUCAUCACUACCUUCUGAUGUUCGACAUCCAUUGCUGCUGCCUAGGAAGCAUCAUGUUGUUGACCUGCUAAUAGACCAUUUUCAUAUCACACAUCUCCACUCUGGACCUCAACUUACUCAAGCCGUGAUCGCUCAAUCCGUCUGGAUUCUUUGUACACGUAGCGUAAUUCGCUCACGUAUAUUCAAGUGCGUUACGUGUUUCAGAAAUAAACCACGCAACAACACCCCGCUGAUGGGUGAUCUACCCUCCUCUAGAAUCACUCCUGCUCGGCCAUUUCUCUCUACAGGAAUUGACUACUGCGGCCCAUUCACAAUUAAGAACUUAAAUCUCCGAUCUGUAAAACACGUAAAAGUGUAUCUGUGCAUCUUCAUUUGCAUGGUGACCAAGGCUGUCCACCUCGAAGUAGUGACAGAUCUCACCACCGAUGGAUUCUUAGCAGCUCUAACGCGCUUUGUUUCCCGCCGUGGACUUUGUGCGGACAUUUAUUGUGAUUGUGGCACGAAUUUCGUCGGUGCUGACGCAGUUCUUCGUAAACUGGUUAAACCUCAGCUCACAACUCCUCAAGCACAAGACACCAUUCAACGUUACACUGCUACUCGUGGAAUCAAGUUCCAUUUCAAUCCUCCUGCUGCUCCUUAUCAAGGCGGACUAUGGGAAAGUGCAGUGAAGAGCGCCAAACAUCAUCUACGACGUGUAAUGGGUGACACAGUUCUCAUUCUUUCAGAAUUCAUUACACUCACCACUCAAGUUGAGGCCAUGCUUAAUUCCAGGCCACUAACUCCGCUCUCAAGUGACCCAGCUGACCUUUCAACUUUAACUCCUGGUCACUUCCUCAUUGGAACAUCACUGGCAUCCGUUCCAGAGCCUCACGUCAUGGAUGUGCCAACAAAUCGCCUUAAACAUUGGCAAUUAGUACAGGCUUUCCAUCAACGACUUUGGAAACGAUGGAGCUUGGAAUACAUUCAUACGUUGCAACAACGCUCAAAAUGGUGUAAAAAUUCUCAAAACCUGAAGAUAGGAGAUCUAGUUCUGGUGCACGAUUCUUCUCCACCACUCAAUUGGCCACUUGCCCGUAUAACGGGCAUCCAUCCUGGAAAGGAUGGGAUCGUCCGUGUUGUGGACCUCAAGACGUCUUCAGGACACCUGACCCGUCCAGCAAUAAAAGUAUUUCCUUUGCCACUUGACUAG